AGGGAUAAGAGAGUGUCUGAUGGAACUGUAGAAAUUGCUAAAGGGUGAUCAUGAAAUUGUUUGCUAAAUCUGAAUACAUUAAAAUAAGGAACUGAACGACAAACUUUAAAAAGGAUCAUUUUAGGCCAAAUAAAUGGACAAGUCACACGUAAUCAUAAACUGUUGUAAGAAUUAAAAUACCUGUAAGGGAGAAUUGCUUGAGCCCGGGAGGUGCAGGUUGCAGUGAGCCGAGAUCUUGCCACUGCACUCCAGCCUGGGCAACAGAGUGAGACUCUGUCUUAAAUAAAUAAAUAAAUAAAUAAAUAAAUAAAUAAAUAAAAUCCCUGUAAAGACUUUACAACACUGCUGCCUGGCACUUGGGUUCUCAGUACAUGUUAAUAGACAUUAUUAUUUUUGAGAUUGUUAUUUGAAGAAGUGGGGGAGGUGGGGGAGGAUACUGAGUAGUCUGAAAAAUAAACAUUUGUUCAGAAAAGGUAUUAAAGUGAUGCUGUCCAAUGUGGUAGCCAAUAGCCAUAUGUAGCUAUUCAGCACUGGAAGUAUGGGUAGUCCAAAUUGAGAUGUGCUGUAAGUGUAAAAUGCACACCAGAUUUCAAAGUCUUAAUACAAAAUAAGAUAGUAAAGUACCUCAAUAAUUUCAUAUCGAUUACAUAUUCAAUGUAGUAUUUUUGAUAUGAUGGGUUAAAUAAAAUAUAUCAUUAUAAUUAAUUUUACCUGUGUCUUUUUACUUUUUUAAUGUGGCUACUAGAAUGUUUUAAAAUACACAUGUGGAUUGCAUUAUAUUUUGGGGGGCAGUGCCAUGUUCUAUGAUUUCAUGCAUGAUGGCUUCGUGUCAAGUGUAAAGGGAAAUCAGAGAUGAACCAUUUGAGGUAAGUCAUUAUAGGGAUCUGCAAACCACUUCCACAUGUGCCUGAGUGGGGUUGGCUUAGUCUUGGUGUGUGAGUGUGAAAAUUGCUAUCCUUUUGUCGAGGUAACAAAGUCACACUUGAGUGUGUGUGCUAAAGGAAGCCAGCUAAAGGAAGAGGGGAUUCAAGGUGAUGGAGCCAGAGCUAGUCUGAGAUACUUUGUGUCCCUUAGAUCGAGGUCAAGCAUCCUCUUGAGCAUUUGGUGAAAACUGUGGCCAUUCCUCCUGGAAAACAGACAUGUAUGCAUACAUAGCAUCUGGCAUAUACUUUACAUAUGUGUCACAUAUAUUUGCAUAUGAUUUCACCUACAGUCAUCGAGGAUCCCUCUGCUCUAGAGAUGGAUUGACUUACGCUUUGAUUGAUCUAUUUCAGUGAUGUUUACCUUAACAGGUUGUAGACUGGUGGAGGAAACCCAGAAGGUAGAGAAUCCGUCAGUCUCAUUUGCCUCUUCUUUCCCUCUUAUUCCUCUUCUCACAAGAGGCAAGAGUGUUCAGAGGAAACAAGCAGAGAGUAAAAGCCAGAUAAAGCUCCAUACUCAGAGUGCUCCCUUUGGACUGUGUCCCAAGGGCCUGAUGCUAACCCAGGCUCCAAGCUCCAUUGUGAGGUCCAGGAACAGCCGGGACCACACCAUGAACUCUGGUGGAUCCUGCCUGAGUGCCAGUACAGUGGCCAUGCCUGCCAUCAACGACAGCAGUGCAGCCAUGAGUGCCUGCAGCACCAUCAGUGCCCAGCCUGCAAGCUCCAUGGGCACUCAGAUGCACUCCCCAAAGAAGCAGAAGAGAGUGAACAAGAGGGUCAUCUGGGGCAUUGAGGUGGCCGAGGAGCUGCACUGGAAAGGCUGGGAGCUAGGAAAGGAGACCACAAGGAGUCUGGUUCUGAAAAAUCGAUCCUUGAAACUCCAGAAGAUGAAGUACAGGCCCCCCAAGACCAAGUUCUUCUUCACGGUCAUCCCUCAGCCCAUCUUCCUGAGCCCAGGCAUAACCCUCACGCUCCCCAUCGUCUUCCGGCCUCUGGAGGCGAAGGAGUACGUGGACCAGCUGUGGUUUGAGAAAGCGGAGGGGAUGUUCUGUGUGGGCCUGCGGGCCACCUUGCCCUGCCACAGGCUGAUCUGCCCACCGUCCCUGCAGCUGCCCAUAUGUGCUGUGGGGGACACAACCGAGGCCUGGUUCUGCCUGGAUAAUGUGGGCCCCUUACAGCCGUCAUCCACGAGGUGCAGGCCACGUGCUGGUACGGGGCGGGCAGCCGGCAGAGGAGCAGCAUCCAGCUGCAGGCUGUGGGUGAGGCCCGACCUCCCACCGUCCCCAGACUGGCCCCCACUGCACCUUCUGGGGGCAGGCCUCAGUGUCCCCCACCUCCCAUCUGGCCUGGCCCCCGCCUCCACCGGCCUCCUGCCCUCCCCCGAGCCCCGAAGGCUUUACCUUUUGUCUUCCAUGAUGUUACAGACUAAAUUUUCCCUGGGGCCACCUGCCUUCUUCAAGAGGCUGUUCAGCUGGGGCCACAGAGGCCCUGGCGGGUUCCCCCAAGACUCCCCCAUCUCUGCCCCAGCCAAGUGCGCCCAGCUGCUGGUGAGCAUAAAGCACAAGUGUCCGGAGGACCAGGAUGCCGAGGGCUUCCAGAAGCUGUUGUACUUUGGCUCUGUUGCUGUGGGCUGCACCUCGGAGAGGCAGAUCAGGCUACACAACCCGUCGGUGGUAAAUGCCCCCUUCAGGAUUGAAAUUUCCCCGGAUGAACUGGCCGAAGACCAGGCCUUCUCAUGCCCCACGGCCCAUGGCAUCGUGCUCCCAGGAGAGAAGAAAUGCGUGUCAGUGUUCUUCCGCCCCAAGACUCUGGACACCAGAACUGUGGACUACUGCUCCAUCAUGCCUUCUGGCUGUGCCUCCAAGACCCUGCUUAAAGUCGUUGGUUUCUGUAGAGGCCCUGCUGUGUCCCUGCAGCACUAUUGUGUCAACUUCAGCUGGGUCAACCUUGGGGAGCGCUCCGAGCAGCCCCUGUGGAUUGAGAACCAGUCGGACUGCACGGCCCACUUCCAGUUUGCCAUCGACUGCCUGGAGAGUGUCUUUAGCAUCAGGCCUGCCUUUGGGACCCUGGUGGGCAAGGCCCGUAUGACCCUGCACUGUGCCUUCCAGCCCACUCACCCCAUCAUCUGCUUUCGGCGUGUGGCCUGUCUCAUCCACCACCAGGACCCACUGUUCCUGGACCUGAUGGGGACCUGCCACUCGGACAGCACCAAGCCAGCCAUCCUGAAGCCUCAGCACCUCACCUGGUACCGCACACACCUGGCCCGGGGCCUGACGCUCUACCCCCCUGACAUCCUGGAUGCCAUGCUGAAGGAGAAGAAGCUGGUGCAGGACCAGAACGGGGCUCUCAUGAUUCCCAUCCAGGAUCUGGAGGACGUGCCAGCCCCGCAGUACCCUUAUAUCCCCCCCAUGACCGAGUUCUUCUUCGACGGCACCAGUGACAUGACCAUCUUCCCCCCGCCCGUCAGUAUAGAGCCUGUCGAGGUAGACUUUGGUGCCUGCCCAGGGCCUGAGGCCCCCAACCCUAUACCCCUGUGCCUGAUGAACCACACCAAGGGCAAGAUCAUGGUGGUCUGGACGCGAAGGUCUGACUGCCCCUUCUGGGUGACUCCAGAGAGCUGUGACGUGCCCCCACUCAAGUCCACGGCCAUGCGCCUGCACUUCCAGCCGCCUCACCCCAAUUGCCUUUACAUGGUGGAGCUCGAAGCCUUCGCCAUCUAUAAGGUCCUGCAGAGCUACAGUAAUAUUGAGGAGGACUGCACCAUGUGCCCAUCCUGGUGCCUGACGGUGCGGGCACGAGGCCACAGCUAUUUCGCUGGCUUUGAGCACCACAUCCCCCAGUAUUUCCUAGAUGUCCCCAAGCUAUUUCCAGCAGUGUCCUCUGGUGAGCCCACCUACCGCAGCCUGCUCCUGGUCAACAAAGACUGCAUGCUGCUCACCUUCAGCCUGGCCCCCCAGAGAGGCUCAGACGUCAUUCUUCGGCCCACCUCGGGCCUUGUGGCACCCGGGGCCCACCAGAUCUUCCUCAUCUGCACCUACCCCGAGGGCAGCUCCUGGAAGCAGCACACUUUCUACCUGCAGUGCAAUGCUUCUCCCCAGUAUCUCAAGGAGGUGAGCAUGUACAGCCGGGAGGAGCCACUGCAGCUGAAGCUGGACACCCACAAAAGCCUCUACUUCAAGCCCACCUGGGUGGGCUGCUCCUCCACCAGCCCCUUCACCUUCCGCAACCCCUCGCGUCUGCCCCUGCAGUUCGAGUGGAGGGUCUCUGAGCAGCAUCGAAAGCUGCUGGCUGUCCAGCCCUCCAGGGGGCUAAUCCAGCCCAACGAGAGACUUACGCUGACGUGGACCUUCAGCCCUUUGGAGGAGACCAAGUACCUGUUCCAAGUGGGGAUGUGGGUCUGGGAAGCCGGCCUGUCUCCAAACGCCAACCCCGCUGCCACCACCCACUACAUGCUCCGGCUGGUGGGUGUGGGGCUCACCAGCAGCCUCUCUGCAAAGGAAAAGGAGCUGGCCUUUGGGAACGUGCUGGUGAACAGCAAGCAGUCCAGGUUCCUUGUCCUCCUGAAUGACGGCAACUGCACCCUCUAUUACCGCCUCUACCUGGAGCAGGGCAGCCCUGAGGCCGUUGACAACCAUCCCCUCGCUCUGCAGCUGGACCGAACAGAGGGGAGCAUGCCACCCCGGUCCCAGGACACCAUCUGCCUGACUGCCUGUCCCAAGCACCGGUCCCAGUACUCCUGGACCAUCAGCUACUCUCUCCUUUCCCACAGAGAUAACAAGGCUGGGGAGAAGCAGGAGCUGUGUUGCGUCUCCCUGGUGGCUGUGUACCCCUUGCUUUCCAUCUUGGAUGUCAGCUCCAUGGGCAGUGCCGAGGGUAUCACCCGGAAGCACCUGUGGCGCCUCUUCUCUCUGGACCUGCUUAACAGCUACUUGGAACAUGACCCCACACCCUGUGAGCUCACCUACAAGGUGCCCACCCGGCACAGCAUGAGCCAGAUCCCCCCCGUCCUCACCCCUUUAAGGCUUGACUUCAAUUUCGGGGCUGCACCAUUCAAGGCCCCACCUUCCGUGGUAUUCCUGGCCCUGAAGAACAGUGGAGUGGUGUCCCUGGACUGGGCCUUCCUCUUUCCAAGUGACCAGCGGAUCGAUGUGGAGCUCUGGGCAGAGCAAGCAGAGUUGAAUUCCACUGAGCUCCACCAGAUGCGCGUGCAGGACAAUUGCAUCUUCUCCAUCAGCCCCAAGACCGGGAGCCUGAGUCCCGGGCAGGAGCAGAUGGUGGAGUUAAAAUACAGCCACCUGUUCAUCGGUACUGAUCACCUUCCAGUGCUCUUCAAGGUGUCCCAUGGCCGGGAGAUCCUGCUAAAUUUCAUAGGUGUGACAGUGAAGCCGGAGCAGGAGUAUGUGCACUUCAUCUCUACUACCCACCAGUUCAUCCCUGUUCCCAUUGGUGACACACUACCCCCACGGCAGAUUUAUGAGCUGUAUAACGGUGGCUCAGUGCCCGUGACAUAUGAGGUCCAGACCGAUGUCCUGUCACAGGUUCAGGAAAAAAAUUUUGAUCACCCCAUCUUUUGCUGCCUCAACCCCAAAGGGGAGAUCCAGCCAGGCACCACCGCACGGGUCUUGUGGAUCUUCUCACCUAUCGAGGCCAAGACCUACACUGUGGACGUGCCCAUACACAUCCUGGGAUGGAACUCGGCCCUCAUCCACUUCCAGGGAGUGGGCUACGACCCCCAUAUGAUGGGGGACACAGCCCCAUUCCACAACAUCUCCUCGUGGGACAACAGUUCCAUACACUCUAGGCUGGUGGUGCCUGGACAGAAUGUCUUCCUGUCCCAGUCUCAUAUUUCCCUGGGAAACAUCCCUGUGCAGAGCAAGUGCAGCCGCCUGCUCUUCCUCAACAACAUCUCCAAGAAUGAGGAAAUUGCCUUCUCCUGGCAGCCAAGUCCUCUAGAUUUUGGGGAGGUGUCCGUGAGUCCCAUGAUAGGGGUGGUGGCUCCUGAAGAGACGGUCCCAUUUGUGGUGACCUUGACGGCCUCUGUGCAUGCCAGCUUCUAUAGUGUAGACCUCGUAUGCAAGCUGUACUCGCAGCAGCUCAUGAAGCAGUAUCACGAGGAGCUGCAGGAGUGGAAGGAUGAGAAGGCACGGCAGGAAGUGGAGUUCACUAUCACCGACAGGAAAGUGAAGAAGAGAACAUGCUGCACAGCCUGUGAACCUGCGAGGAAGUACAAGACGCUGCCUCCCAUCAAGAACCAGCAGUCUGUCAGCUGGCCUGCCAGCUGGAAACUGCAGACCCCAAAGGAGGAGAUGUCCUGGCCCUGCCCCCAGCCACCCUCGCCAGGCAUGCUCUGCCUGGGCCUUACCGCCCGAGCCCAUGCCACCGACUACUUUCUGGCUAACUUCUUCUCAGAGUUUCCCUGCCACUUUUUGCACCGGGAGCUGCCAAAGAGGAAGGCCCCCAGGGAAGAGUCAGAGACUUCUGAGGAAAUAUCCCCUAACAAGUGGGGUCCUGUCUCCAAGCAGAAGAAGCAGCUCCUGGUUGACAUUCUCACCACCAUAAUCAGGGGCCUGCUGGAAGACAAGAACUUCCAUGAGGCUGUGGACCAAAGCCUGGUGGAGCAGGUGCCGUACUUCCGCCAGUUCUGGAAUGAGCAGUCAACUAAGUUCAUGGACCAGAAAAACAGCCUGUACUUAAUGCCAGUCCUGCCUGUACCCUCCAGCAGCUGGGAGGAUGGGAAGGGCAAGCAGCUGAAGGAAGACAGACCAGAGCACUAUCCAGGGUUGGGGAAGAAGGAAGAGGGGGAGGAGGAGGAGAAGGGUGAAGAGGAAGAAGAAGAGUUGAAGGAGGAAGAGGAGGAAGAAGAGGAGACAGAAGAGGAGGAGUUGGGCGAGGAGGAGAUAGAGGAGAAGGAGGAGGAGAGGGAUGAGAAGGAAGAGAAAGUGAGCUGGGCAGCCACUGGGCCCAUACCACAGCCUGAGUCCCAGGAAUCCAUGCAAUGGCAGUGGCAACAGCAGCUGAAAGUCAUGGUGAAGGAGGAGCAAGAACAGGAUGAGAAGGAGGCCAUCAGAAGGCUCCCGGCCUUCGCCAACCUGCAGGAGGCGCUGCUGGAGAACAUGAUCCAGAACAUCCUGGUGGAGGCGAGCCGCGGGGAGGUGGUGCUCACCUCGCGGCCACGCGUCAUCGCCCUGCCGCCGUUCUGCGUGCCCAGGAUUCUGACCCCGGACACGCUGCUGCCGACGCAGCAAGCAGAGGUACUCCACCCGGUGGUGCCACUUCCUACCGACCUUCCGUAAAUGCCUGCGCCCAGCCUCUCCGACAUGCCGCCCUAGGUCACGCCUGGCGCCCUCUCCACCGCCCGCCAGUAAAAGCAUCUAGUGUUUUUUCUAUA